GUGUAUCCCUGAACCCUCCCCCCCCCUCACACCCGCAGCCCAGAGACCAUGGCCCACCAAGUGCCCGGAGGCUCCAUGGACAUUCUCCCCACCAACACGGUGGCCACCAUCGGAUGCUGCUUGUGCGGAGCAUCGAUUCCGCCCAACCCCGCCAACAUGUGCGUGACGUGCUUGCGGACAAAGGUCGACAUCUCCGAAGGCGUGUGCAAGUCAUCGUUCAUCUUUUGGUGCAAGGGAUGUGAGCGGUACCUCGCUCCGCCCGACCGCUGGGUCUUUGCCGAGCUCGAGUCACGCGAGCUCCUCGCGCUCUGCCUCCGCUCGCUCAAGGGCCUCUCCAAGGUCAAGCUGGUCGAUGCUGGCUUCAUCUGGACCGAGCCGCACUCGAAGCGCCUCCGUGUGCAGCUGACCAUUCAGAAGGAGGUCUUCAACGGUGCCAUCCUCCAGCAGACCUUUGAGGUCGUGUAUGUGGUGCAGAACCAGUUCUGUAACGACUGCCACGCCAUGGAGGCCGAGCAAUCGUGGACAACCUCGGUCCAGGUCCGCCAAAAGGUCGCCCACAAGCGGACCUUCCUCCAGCUCGAGCAGCUCAUCCUCAAGCACAAGAUCCACCUCAACACCGUCGGCAUCAAGGAGUACCCGGACGGCCUCGACUUUUACUACAAGACCCAGUCGGCCGGCACCAAGCUCGUCGAGUUCCUCUCCGCCCGCGUCCCGGUCCGCACCACUAUGGCCAAGAAGCUCAUCUCGCAGGACGACUCGAACAACACGUACAAGUACAAGUUCACCGUCGCUGUCGAGAUCGUGCCCAUCUGCCGUGACGACCUCGUCGCCCUCCCGCGCAAGACCGCCGCCCGUCAUGGCAACAUUACGCCGCUCGUCCUCUGCUCCAAGGUCGCCUCGGUCCUUCACAUCGUCGACCCGCUCACCGCUCAGCACGAGGAGAUCACCUCGGUUGCCUUCUGGAAGACCCCGUUCCGCUCGCUUGCCACCCGCUCCGACCUCACCGAGUUUAUCGUCCUCGACAUCGAGCCGCUCGACUACUCGGAGGCCGAGGCCGGCUCCAAGUUCUCGCUUGCCGACGCCCAGGUCUCGCGCAUCUCCGACUUUGGCGUCAAUGACAUCACCUUUAACGUCACCACCCACCUCGGUCACCUCCUGCAGGCCGGCGACCACGUGCUCGGCUACGACCUCGUCAACUCGAACUUUAACGACGUCAACUUUGACAAGCUCGACGCCUCCUCGCUGCCCGAGAUCGUCCUCGUCCGCAAGUCAUACCGCCACACCCGCCGCAAGCGCAAGCGCCGCACCUGGAAGCUCCAGGAGCUGGCCAAGAUCUCCUACCACGAGGAGCCCAACACGGCUGGCAAGCGCAAGUCGGCCGCUGCCUCCCGCCGCCUCCGCACAGAGGCCGAACAGGCCGAGCGCGAUCGCGAGGUCUUCCUCCGCGACAUCGAGGAGGACCCUGAGCUUCGCGCAGAGAUCAACCUCUACCGCGCCGACGACUAUGCCGAGAUCCUCCGCGAGCGCGAGCUCCGAGCCUCGGGCGCUGCGCCCAUGGACCCCGCAGACGACGACGACGACGACGCCUCGGACGAGCUCGAAGACAUCCCCAUCGAGGAUUUGCUGGAUCCUAUGGAGGCCGUCACCAUCGACGACCCCACCGCAGACCCGGACCCCGACGCACCGCCCGGCCGCCAUUCGGUCGACAUCGUCCCCGUCGCCGGCCCCUCGGACGAGCCCUCGGUCCUGUUCUAAGCCCGGAGCCAACAGCCCCCCCC